AAUACAAAAAGAAACGAAAAGUUGUGUUUAUAGUGGCGAAUGUUGCACAACACUGCUCGAUUUGAGACCACGUAUUGGCUUAGUUGCAAAAACGGAUGUAUAUAUGUGAUUUCUCUCACUGUACUAAAAUAAAAUAAGUAUUUCAGUAUUGCUGACAGCACGCGUACACCAAGUGUUCCUGUGAUUUUCAUUCUUGCAACAUAUGUCAAUCAUAACAGACGAGAUCUCAAUAAUUCUUUUGAAUCGAAAUUUUCGUUUCUCGGGAAAAAAAAAGAUUAAAACAAUUAAGUAAUUUUUUGCGCAUAGCGCAGCAAUAGUAACGUCUUUAAGUGGAACGAUAUAAAAGCAAGACGACAGGGAUAAUUAAGAUUACUUAUAUGGUUCAAUCUUAACAGUGUACAUCGAGUUUGCUGACAGUACGAAAGCGAUUGUAGCAAUGAUUUGGUUAAAAAUCUUAUCUUAUUACAUUCUGUGUUCUGUAAUGGUUGUUACUACACAGUACACAGGCGACUUCGAGUAUAACGAUUUUGAUUUCUAUGAAGAUUUAUCAACGGAUCACUCAAAAAGUUUCAAUAAAAAAUACAAAAGUGCCGCGCAAGAUGAUUUUUACAUUACAAACGAUUUCGACAUAGAAAAUCGGGACAGUGCGUAUCCUAGCCCAAACUAUGCUACUUUUGGAAAGGGUAUUGGUUCUUUUGAGAGGGAGACUCCUUUCGACAAGCAGUUCGAUUGGUACAAAUUGCCCGAGAAAGUUUACAGAUAUACCAAGCAUCGAAUUCCCGGAUACGAUUACGACGAAUUCGAUUAUAUUCGUUCAAGAAGUAUUCAAGAGUGCGACGACAAAUCGAUUUGGACGCAUUGUCUCUGUCAAUUUACGUGCUCAAAGCCGAAUGUAGUAGAUUGUUACACACCAUGCAGUAGCGGAUGCGAGUGCAAGGAAGAUUACGUUUAUGACGAGAAAGCACAGAGAUGCCUGUUACCCGAAGAAUGCUCGACGGAAGGUUAUAAUUAUUAAACUUUAUAUCAACAUAUCUAUAUACUUAUAUUUAUUCUCUCAUUUUCAAUAUUCAUUGAGCUAUUCUUCUUCGCAAUUGUAGAGAAUAAAAUCGACUGUGUAGUUGAUAAUUGUGCGAAAUAAUUUAGUUUGCUACCAAAA